UCCCCUAAUUGUAGUACAUCACAUACAUUAUCGUUCGUAUAAACUGUGUGCAUAAAAGCGUGAAUGUGAACAGACAGUCUGACACGAGCUCUGAGAUUCUAAUUAACACUUACUUCACUUUAUUGGAACCAUUAGUGAUAUAUUAAGCGAUAAAAUUGAUAAUACAAGGGUAUUAUUUACCGCCGAAGUUGUUUGUGAUACAUUUAAAGAAAUUGACGGUCGUCGUAGGUGUGUUAAACGUACUCGAAAGUGCGAUAAGAUAAGAAAUAAAUAAAAACAAACCCAUUAUAACUCAGAGUACAAAGUCCACAUUUCAGAGUGUACAUUUUACGUUUGAAGCGCACAAAGUGAAUUUAAGCAAAAUGGCCUACGCUCUACAAAAGAUACUUAAAUCCGCGUCCGGCGGAAUUGUUACUCGGGCGUUCUCGGUAUCAGCUGUCCAGAAGUCGUCUGAGCACCCAAAUGGGUUCAACUUUGAACUAAAUGACACCCAGAAGGAAAUUCAGGCGGUGGCCCGCAAAUUCGCUAGGGAGGAAAUCGCCCCGGCGGCGCCCCACCAUGACAGGACUGGCGAGUACCCAGCGGAACUCGUAAAAAAGGCAUGGGAAUUGGGGUUCGUGAACCCCCACAUUCCAGAACAUUGCGGGGGUCUAAACCAAGGCGUCUUCGACGCCUGCCUCGUCGGCGAAGAACUCGCGUGGGGCUGCUCGGGGAUAGCCACCGCGAUUGGUUCCUCGUGCCUAGGCCAAAUGCCGGUAAUCCUCACCGGUACCAAAGAGCAACAGAAAAAAUACUUAGGUCGCUUGAUUGACGAGCCCCUAGUGGCUGCUUACGGCGUCACCGAACCCGGCACUGGUUCCGACGUGAACGGGGUUAAAACCCGGGCCGAGAAAAAAGGUGACGAGUGGAUCCUCAAUGGCCAGAAGAUGUGGAUUACCAAUGCUGGGGUCGCCAAUUGGUACUUUGUUUUGGCUAGGACUAAUCCCGACCCGAAGUGCCCGGCUGCUAAGGCUUUCACUGGGUUCAUCGUGGACAGGGACACCCCUGGAGUCACUCCAGGUCGCAAGGAACUAAAUAUGGGACAGAGAGCUUCUGACACCCGCGGGGUGACCUUCGAGGACGUGCGAAUCCCCAAAGAAAACGUCCUUCUGGGAGAGGGAGCAGGGUUUAAGAUUGCUAUGGGUGCUUUUGAUAAGACCAGACCACCGGUGGCUUGUGCCGCUACUGGGAUAGCACAACGGUGCUUGGACGAAGCUACUAAGUACUCUCUAGAGAGGAAAACCUUCGGGGUACCGAUUGCUCACCACCAGGCUAUCGCUUUCAUUCUAGCCGAUAUGGCGAUUGGUGUAGAAACCGCUCGUCUGGCUUGGAUGAAAGCGGCCUGGGAAGCAGAUAACGGGAUAAGAAAUAGCUACUCUGCGUCGAUUGCAAAGUCGUACGCUGCGGAUGUUGCCAACAAGAGCGCUUCUGAUGCCGUCCAAGUCUUUGGUGGUGCGGGAUUCAAUAGCGAAUAUCCCGUGGAGAAACUAAUGCGCGAUGCGAAAAUCUACCACAUCUACGAAGGUACCACCCAAAUCCAGAAACUCGUGGUUUCAAGAAGCGUGAUCGACGCCACGAAGAGUGUGGCUUAAGUGUUGUAUUAUGGUUACAGAAUAAAGUUUCUAUUUUUUUUA